UCGCAUCACAGCCUCUCCGGCAGGCCCUUCGCCAGACCUUUGGAGCUACCAGACAAAUAUACGGCGCACCGAGACGACCAGUACGGCUCACAACAUGUCGCAACACCUUCCAGCAACAACGCAACGCCAGCUCAUUCUCGCAGAAUGCUCGCAAUCUCUAUUCCAAGCACCCGAUCUCCGUCUCAGUGGCAGUAUUAGCAAUGGCCUGCGGCGUAGGCGGCAUCGUGUACGCAAACUACCUCUACCAGACCUAUAUCCUCGAAUCAUUCCACAAGUACCCAGAGCCCGUGGCCCAAAAGCUCCGGAGAGCACUGUACUUCACCAACAUCGAUCUGCAGCCCAAGGAAGCAAUCAAGUACUACCGACAAGCCUUGGAGGUCGCGAAUGAGCUUGAGAUGGAUCCUUUCAGCGAUGAGAUUAUUGGCGUGAAGAUUCAGGUCGCAGCAUUGAUGGAGAGCAUUCAGCAAUGGCGGAGGGCGAUCGAGGUGCUGGAGAGAGUGCGUAGUGACAACUUGGCUUGGAUAGAACAAUUCGGUGUUCUGGAACGGAACAAGAAGAGGCGUACAAACGUGUUGGCCAAGACGGUGGGCAUUUCGGUCAAGCUGGGAGAGCUUUACGGACAACCCGCAAUCUGGGAUCGUGACAUGGCGCAGGAGAGGCUUGUGUGGGCAGUGGAGACAGUGCUUAAAGAGCAGACACGACGGCAGAACGGCAAUGUCAAGGACCAGGACGAGGGAACUUGGAUGAGUGGGCAAGAGAUCGGUGCAGCUCUGGAAGCGCUGGCGCACAGCUACGAGGAGAAGGAGCAGCACUAUCUCGCUGCGCCUCUAUUCCUACAAGCCCUCAACUUGUAUCCCACAAAAGACUGCCACUCGGUCGUACUCAUGAACAAUCUAGCCUCGAGUCUCGCCCAACAAUCUCCACGACUAGCCCGCGAGGCAGAAGCGUACGCAGCGUCUCGGAAUAUCAACGCUAAGCCCACGGGUCCGGCGGCAUCGAGGGAGAGCAUGGCCGAGAACGCGAAGAUGUGGGCACAGAAGGCUCUCGACAUCGCGGCGAGCAUCACGCCACCGGUCAGGAACGAAGAGUGCGAUAUGGGAUGUGCAGUGGCUACGCAUAAUUUGGGAGAGUUUGCUGAGAUGAGCCAGAACUAUGAGGAGGCGAAGAAGCGGUACGAAGAGGCUAUCGCGCUUUCGAGGGCGAUUGGGUUCGAGGAGGGCGUCGAGCAGAGCUCUGCCAGACUGAGGGAUUUGAAGAAGGUGUGA